UAAUGACAAAAAAUGGAACGGAAGUUCAUAACAAAAGGUCAAGGUUGAGAAACAAAAAUGGAGUCUUGCAAUGCAGUAGAGAGAGAAGUUGAGAAAGUAUUUAAUAAAUUUGCUGGUUUGAAGGACCACUCAAACAAAAAUUUAGAAGAAUUGUGUAAUUCAAUUCAAAGUAUACAGCGGGAGCUAAGUGACGACAGCAAGCUUACUGCAACUCAAACCUUGAUAUUAACACAGACUGUUCGCCGGAUCAAGGAAGCUGUCUCUCGUUUGGGACAGGAACAUAAAGAGCUACACAGCACUGUAUCCAAAGUUGGAAAAUCAAUUGACAGGAAUUUUGUCAAUGAUUUGACAUCUAUAGCAACUGAUGGUGCAUUUGAAGGAGUGGAGAAAACUGACCUUUUAAACGAAGUUGUCUGUGAACACUUCAUGAGACAGGGGAUGCUGGACAUCGCUGAUGCUCUUGUCACGGAGGCAAAUUUAGAAAUUGCUGAAGAGAAAAAAGAACCAUUUUUAGAAUUACAUAGGAUACUUGGAGCUUUGAAACAGAAAGAUUUAGAACCAGCAUUAUGUUGGGCGACAUCAAAUAAAGACAGAUUACGAGAAAUCAACAGUUGCUUAGAGUUUAAGCUGCAUCGAUUAAAGUUCAUUGACCUCCUACGUCAAGGUCGUAUGUCACAAACUGAGGCACUGUACUACUCCAGACAUCUGUCUCAGUUUGCCAGCCAGUAUCCAAGAGACCUGCAGGUGUUGAUGGGAAGUAUGCUGUAUUUAAGACAGGGGAUUGAGAAUUCUCCUUAUGCCCAUCUAGUGGCUCCAAUCUACUGGGAUGAGAUAUGUGACGUGUUUACAAGAGAUGCUUGCUGUUUGUUGGGGAUGUCUGUAGAGAGUCCUCUUAGUGUCAGUAUUCGAGCAGGUUGUCUGGCUUUACCUCCACUACUCAACAUCAGACAAGUGAUGCAGCAACGACAGGUGUCGGGGGUCUGGAGUAACAAGGACGAGUUACCGGUAGAGAUAGAUCUGGGAAAAGACUACAGGUACCACUCCACAUUUGCCUGCCCAAUCCUUCGCCAACAGACAACAGAUGCCAACCCUCCUAUGAGGCUUAUUUGUGGUCAUGUGAUAUCAAAGGACGCCCUAACAAAACUUUCUAAUGGAACAAAAGUGAAGUGUCCUUACUGCCCUAUAGAACAGCUACCCAUGGAAGCCAAGCAGAUUUACUUCUGAAUGACUAUGUUGAUCAACAGACUGCCUUUUUUAGGGACAGCCCUGAUGGAAAGACUGCACAAGCUUGCUUCCAAACCAAAAUUUUGAUUUAUAAUUUUGUUUUGAGGAUAAGACACUGACCUGUAUGAAAUUCAGUGAAAUGUUCCUAACCGUAUUCCUGUGCAUGGUAAAAUACAUUCAAAGUUCACAGGUCAACACAAGGAUACUGCAGAGUUCACAGGUCAUCACAAGGAUACUGCAGAGUUCACAGGUCACCACAAGGACUCUGGAGUUCACAGGUCAACACAAGAAUACUGCAGAGUUCACAGGUCAACACAAGGAUACUGCAGAGUUCACAGGUCAUCACAAGGAUACUGCAGAGUUCACAGUUCAACACAAGGAUACUGCAGAGUUCACAGGUCAUCACAAGGACUCCGGAGUUCACAGGUCAACACAAGGAUACUGCAGAUUUCACAGGUCAUCACAAGGAUACUUCGGAGUUCACAGGUCAACACAAGGAUACUGCAGAGUUCACAGUUCAACACAAGGAUACUUCGGAGUUCAAAGGUCAUCACAAGGAUACUGCAGAGCUCACAGGUCAACAUCGGGACACUCUAAAGGUCACAAGUCUGUCAAUACUGUGACACUCUGGUCUACAGAGAUAUUUUUGCCUUGUGUACAUGUCAACACAUUGAAAGCACAAACCUAUUUCUGUAAUGUGCGGGCA